GAGGCGACAAAGGCAGAGACGCGGAGUACGGCGAGUAGAAAGCAUCGCUCGAAUCUCGCAGUUCGUUGGACGACAUGUCUGUGGCCGUGGGGAUGUUCGCAGUGGCGGGCUGCGCCCUAGUGGCCACCGUGCUCACCGACGUGCUUUGGGGACUCAUGCUCGGCAUCCGGGCACAUCUUCUCCCCAGACUACACUUUUUUGCCGUCGACCUCAAGGAGAGGUACGGAUCUUGGGCCGUGGUGACGGGAUCCACCGACGGCAUAGGCCGAGCGUACGCCAUGGAAUUGGCCAAACGCGGUAUCAACAUUGUCCUCAUCUCCAGGACUCAGGACAAACUGACCAAGAUCGCUGCUCAGAUCGAGAGUCUGUACGGAGUGAAAACUAAAACUAUAGCGAUAGACUACAGUAAAGGCCAGUUCGUUUUUGACACUAUUGAUAAGGAGCUAAAAGAUAUUCCUGUCGGCAUAUUAGUGAACAACGUGGGGAAGCAGUAUUCUUACCCCAUGUAUCUAACGGAAGUUCCUGAGCAGGAGCUGUGGGACAUCGUCAACAUCAACAUUGGAGCUGCAACAUUGAUGACGAGACUGCUUCUACCCCAAAUGAAGCAGAGGGGCCGAGGAGCAAUCGUGAAUGUGUCAUCCAGUUCUGAAUUACAACCGUUACCUCUUAUGACUGUCUAUGCAGCUUCUAAGGUGUACUUGAAGAGUUUCUCUGAAGCACUGCGAGUAGAGUACCAAGGCUCUGGAAUCACAAUCCAACAUCUCUCUCCUCUGUUUAUCAACACCAAGAUGAAUGCCUUCAGCUACAGGCUGCAGACCAGUAGCAUCUUUGUACCAGAUGCCGAGACUUAUGCUCAGAAUGCUAUAAACACCUUGGGCAUUGUCAACCACUCUACAGGCUACUGGGCUCAUGGUAUACAGUAUUUCUUCACAAUAGUUCCUCCAAUGUGGGUUCGCACAUACAUCGGUAACCACAUGAACAAAGUAUUCAGAAGAGACUACCUCAGUACGAGAAGUGCCACCCUACCAGUUCUUUGAUCCUCAUUGUUUUCAGUUAUUUCAUUUUGUAAGACAUAGAUUUAAGGAUUUUGUUACCUGAUAUAUGUAAAUUCAUAAAUUAAAUUGCUAAAUGUGUAAUAUACCUAUUA